GGACCUCGUGGCCCUGAGAGACGACGAGAAGGAGGAUUUGCAGGAUCAGAUGGAGGCGUUGAGGUUGGAGCUUGAGGAUUUGCAUCGCAGGAGGGAAAUCGAGUCCCUAGAGCGGAGUGAAAGCAGAGCCCAGAUUUUGGAAGAGAGGGAAGGAAGGGAGAUGAUAGAGGAAGGUCUGAACGAGCUGAGGGACAAGCUGGCGGCGGCAACGAUCGAAUUACAGCAAAAGGAGGAUGAGCUCGAGUACAAAACACGGGAGAUCAACGAGCUGGUCAACGAGCACAGGAGCAUAUUGGAUGAUGUCGAGGAUAGUUGGAAGAGCGAACUCGACGAAGGGAAGAACCAGAUCGAGGAGCUUCGAGACGCACUAGCUGAGCGUGACUCAGAAUGCGAGGAGCUGCGCCUGCAUAUAUCCGAGCUGGAGUCGAACACGAAUAUUUUACACGAAAAAUUCGAGGCGGCGCUCGCCCAUCUAGAAUCAGAAUCAGAUGAGAAAGACGCUGAAAUAGCCGCAGCGAAUCGCGAGAUUGAGGAGCUCGGCCAGCGAAUCUACGAACUCGAGGAGGACAGCGACGAGCUGAAAAAGAUGAGCGAUCGGAUACGGGAGGAUGAAGCUGUUGAGCGAGACAGAUUAGAAGCACUGGCUGCAGCCCUCAAAGAGAAAGUUACGGUCCUUAAAGACGAUCUCGAAGAGAUGACGCAUCUGUACGAGACCUGCAAUCAGGACAUCUCGGCACACAGAGCUCGCCAAGAGGAGCUCGCCCACCAUGUAGAAGACCUCGUCGAAGAGGUGCGGAAGGAGCGGGAAGCACGGGAACGCGCCGAAGGAGAUUUGGCCAAAUCAGAACGCGACCAUGAUGCCGAACUGCGGCGCGAGCACCGUACCCUUGAGGCGAAGGAGUCUGCCUUGCAAAAUGCGCUCAAUGAUCUUUCCCGAGCUCAGUCACUGCUUUCCCAGCGCGAUACAGAUUUGGCCGCCUUCCAGUCGGCACUGCAGUCCAUGGAGGCCGAGUCGAAGAAGCUGGGUGAGAGCCAUACGACCGCCCGGUUCUCGUUGCAGCUGGAAGUCGAUCGACUCAAGCGUGAUCUCGAGCGCCUCGAGGAUGAGCUGUCCCGUGCACGAAAGGAGCUUGACGAACGGGAAACUAGGAGCCGCGAACGAGGCGGGAUCGUCGAUAAACUGCAUGCCGAGAACCGGGAAUUAGCAUCUCAGCUCGCGACGCAGACGCAGGCACGCCUGAACCUCUCGGAGAAGCUGGACACCACGCAGGCAGGUCUGUCUGCGGCAGAGUCCGAGCUGGCCGCUUUCCGCACUCGUGUGCACGAACUCGAGCAGCGCCUCUCGAAAGAUCAGCGUUCUCUGUUGACUGCGGAAAGUCAGUACAGGGACCAGUUGACUGAACGAAACACGCUUCUGCUCACCAUUUAUCAAUACAUGGACAAAAUUCUUGGCGUUGAUAAGACUCCCAAGAAGGGUGGUCAAGCUGAGACGAAGCCCUUCACGAAUUUCAGCGUCUUCCACGACAAUUUGAUUACUCGUCUCAAGUCGCUGAGUCAAAUUCAGCUCGACUUCGACAAGCGGGUCAAGGAAGCCGAAACACGAUUCGCCGAGAAGUUGAUCGAUAUGAAGAAACAACUCGAUCGUCGGUGGACACAGAUCGACAAGUUCGAGAGCAGUGUGAGGACAUAUGCUGAGACCAAGUCAACCUGGCGACGAAAACUCAGCGCCAAGGAAGGAGAAUUGGAAGCUGUGAGGGCCACAAACUCGGAGCUAACGUCACAAUUGGCGAGCCUUCGUCGACCUGGUCCCGGAGACUCGAAUGAGGUCCGAGCCCUACACGCCCGCGCCAGCAACGCGGAGCGCCGAUUAACCAAUGCACAAAACCAACUGGCGGCUGCGGAAGAGAAGAUGGCGACGAUGAAUCAGAAGACUACUGUUGCAGACAGCAAGUGGGAAGCCCGAGUGAAGGAGUAUGAGACUCGUUUACGAGCUGCAGAGGAGAAAGUCAAACGAGAGAAGCAGGGGUAUAAGGAGCGGGUUGUAGAACUGGAAAAUCAACUCAAAUCUUUACAGCGGCAGAAGGACUUGGCAGAAAAGCGCAUCUCCCAGCUUUCCGACAUCGAAGCAAAUGUGAAAACAGCACGAUCAACACCACCUGCUCGAUAGCUCUGACAUCCCAACUUGAUUCCGAUCCUAUACUCAUUGGCCCCACCUAUUUGCUUCUCUCGUUUUUAACCAUCCGUUUUCCAAGGCUUUCAUCUUUAAAACAACAUUUCAUGACCCUCUUUUCAUCUGUAUUCCUAUGCAUCCACUUGUCAGCUCUAAUUAGGAACCUCAUAAUGCACGCUCAGCUGUUCUCAGUUGCUGGAUCACCUCCACGUUGUUCUGAAUCCCUGUUUAUCCCGUCUAUGUUUCUUUAUUUUUCUUUGUUUGUCAUUUCACAAGUUCCUCCGAAAUCCUGUCAAUCAGACGAGUACGCGAAAGGUUUUUCGAAGACUGAAUUGAGCAAGAUCGCAGCGG